AUGUUUGGCAUCCGCACUCCCGCCAAGAAGCCUCAGAAGGAUAUGGAGAGAUCGUCCCCGGUAUAUAGUGAGGCGCCGGGCACAUCAACAUCUUCCCGAGAAAUGAAAACACAAAAUGUCAGACGCAGUAUCGGGGAGUGGGAAGCGGAUAAAACAACGAAAGCCAAACAGUCGGCGACAACAUCCGCAAACUUAAAGUGUAAUAUUCCUAUCCAAGGUGGAAAACGGCGACUAUCGAUAGACGAGGCACAUAAAACACCCGAAGUAGCCAAAGAGCAGCAACCCGACAGAGUGGCAGAAGCAAAAGCUUGCCUGAAUAAAGCGAAGUUGCACUUGAGUAACUCGCGCAAUCUAAGAACUGACAUAAAGUCGGAG